AUGGCAGCUAACCAAGAAAACAUGACAAGGGCGAUAUGUGAUGUCUCCAGUAACCUCAUGAACGCCAUCAACGAGAGCUAUGAAAUACUGGGUGAGGAUGUGACGCCCACUGCCUCCCCCAGGCGUGAGAGAUCGCCUCCCCCUUAUUGCAGUACAACGAAGCCAAACGAGAAAAGGAGCUUCCAUGUCUACAGGAGAAGGGACGACACCUGCCAUGAAGAAGCUCCUCGAAGCAUGGCUAACCAAUACCCUAAGGUAGUCUAUGCCCUUGAGAAGCUCGGAACAAAGGUAAAGUGGCCGCCAAAGAUGAGGUCUGAUUCGAGCACCAGGAUAUCCAAUGCCCUCUACAAGUUCCCACCAGGAACGCAGACACAAAACAGAAGAUUGUAUCGCCCUAAGACAGGAGGUAGCAAACAUGUUGCAGCAAGGGCAACUCAAAGAGAUGCUGAGUGGCAAAGGAAGAAGGAUGACUCCUCCAUUAAUGGCGUCAAGUUCAUUUCCACCCAUAAGCUCAAAAACUCGAUCACCUAUGAACGGAAUGACGGACUCGAAGAAAGUACCAUCUUCGACGAGUCAGAUGCCAACAAUUUGACUUUCCCUCAUAAUGAUGCUCUAGUCAUUACUGUACGAAUUCUAGAUAAUGAUGUUAAACGUAUCAUGGUAGAUGAUGGGAGUGGAGCGUGCAUCAUCCAUCCCCGAGUCCUCGCCCAGAUGAGACUCGAGGACAAAAUAGUGCCACGUUGCAUCACACUAACCAGCUUUAACAAUGCAGUUGAACAGACCUUGGGAAGAAUUGCACUACCCUUCCUUGCCGGUGGCAUAACUCUAGAGAUAACUUUCCACAUCAUAGACCAGGCCACCACAUACAAUGCCAUAGUAGGAUGA